AUGGAAGCUGUGGAGUGUGUGACAUCCCCGGCAGACUUCCAAAUAGGGGCUAGCUGCCCCAUCUGUCUGGACUCCUUGAGAGACCCGUGUGGGCAUAACUUCUAUCUCUCUUGCAUCAGUCUGUCCUGGAAGGAUCUAAAUGAGACUUUCCCCUGUCCCUUUUGCCAUUAUUGCUGUCCAGCAAGGAAAUUCACAAGCAAUCCCCAGCUGAGCAAUUUGAUUGAAAUUGCUAAACUACUACAGAUAAGAAGAAGCAAGAGGAGGAAGAAGAGAGAGAAGCUUGUAUGUGGAAAGCGUAAUUGAGUGUUGGCCUUCUUCUGUCAGAAGGACCUGGAAGUGUUACAGCUGCGGUGUAGUUUCUCCACCGCUCACUGGAAUCACGACAUUUGUCCUAGAGAGAAGGCUGUUCCCCAUCCCAGGAAGAGAUCGGAGAAUCGCACUGAGCCAUGGAAGGAGACAGUGGAACAAGUUGAAAAGUGUAGAACUAUGCAAGCCAGAAAAUCAUUGGGACUGAAGAAGAAAUAA